AUGGCAGACAAAAUCGUCUGCGUCGUCGCUUACCCGUCCAACACAAAGGACGGGAAGCCCGCGCGCUUUGAUAUGGACUACUACCUCAAGACCCACAUGGGCGAGAUCAUCGAGCGCGACUGGAAACCGUUCGGCAUGGGGAAAUGGACCGUCGCGUCCUUCGGGGCUGAGGAUUCCCUCGACGGCAAACGACCGCCUUACAUGGUCACGGCGACGAUCGAGUGGGACAAGGUCGACGACCUGAAGCAGGCGCUCGCAAAGGGCAGCGAGGCCUCGGGGAAGGAUGUCGCCAACUACACUGACGUGUUUCCUGAGAUUUGGGUCAGUAGGGUUACGGGGACGAGUGCUGGUGGCUCGUGA